AUGUCCUGCUCCAGCGAGCCGUGCGGCGUGAGCUGCCCGCAGCCCGUGGCCCAGAGCGUCAACGAGCCGUGUGUGCAGCAGUGCCCCGAGUCCAGAGCCCUGAUCCUGCCCCCGCCCGUGGUGGUGACCAUCCCGGGCCCCGUGCUCAGCACCUUCCCCCAGGAGAGCGUCGUGGGAUCGUCGGGCCCAGCAUAUGGGGGCUCCCUUGGCUAUGGCCGUUCCCUGGGUUAUGGAGGUGACACUGGCUAUGGGGGCUCCUUUGGGGGCUAUGGAAGCUCCCUCGGGGGCUACGGGGGCUCCCUUGGGGGCUAUGGGGGCUCCCUUGGGGGCUACGGGGGCUCCUGUGGGGGCUAUGGAGGCUCCCUCGGAGGCUAUGGGGGCUCUCUCGGGGGCUAUGGGGGCUCCUUUGGCAAUUGCGGGCGCUCCUACAGCUCUGGGUUCUCCUCACAGGGCCUGGGCUAUUUCCUGCCUGGCUCCCAGAGAUGGCGCAGGUCCCGCCGCGGGAGCUGUGGGGUUUUCUAAAGCC